GAAACAUCUGCAGUAAGGAAGGUUGAAUGCGAGGAGCAGCACGGGUAAAUUAUUGAUUGGGACAGUCCUGCUAUAAAAGGAGACGCCGCCUGGGUUCUGCUCAUUGUCUUCAAAACGCCAAGAUGAGCUACGGAUCCGACAUCUACUCCGCCUCUUCCUACCGGAAGAUCUUCGGGGACUCCACCCGCUACUCAGCCUCUCCAUCCCGGCUGAGCAGCUCCCGGAGCGGCUUUAAGUCCCAGCCCACGACCCGCUCCAGCAUCCCAAGCUCAUACAAGCGCAGCACCCGAUCUGCCUUCCCAUCUUCAUCCUUGAGUCUGGAAAGCUUCGACUUCACCCAGAGCACAGCGCUUAAUAAUGAGUUCAAGAUCAUCCGCACCAACGAGAAGGAGCAGAUGCAAGGGCUCAAUGACCGUUUCGCGAUGUUCAUCGAUAAAGUUCGCAAUUUGGAGCAGCACAACAAAGUGCUGGAAGCCGAACUCGUGACCCUGCGCCAACGCCAGACAGAACCGUCCCGUCUGGCCGAGCUCUACCAGCAAGAGAUCCGAGAACUGCGCUCCCAGCUCGAGGAACUUAACGCGGAGAAGAACCAGAUGAUGUUCGAGCGCGACAACAUUGAGGAGGACUUCCAGAAACUCCAGGAGAAGUUCGAGGAGGAGAUGAGAAUGCGCGAGGAGGCUGAGCAAACGCUUAGAGCUUUCAAGAAGGACGUUGACAACGCCACCAUGGUGCGCCUAGACCUUGAGAAGAAGGUCGAAGCCCUUCUGGACGAGAUCAACUUUAUGAGAAAGGUGCAGGAGGAGGAGGUGACUGAGCUCAUGAACAUGAUCCAGGCUACCCAGGUGUCCGUGGAGAUGGAAGUGGCCAAACCCGACCUCACCUCCGCCCUCAAGGAGAUUCGCGGCCAGUACGAAGUCAUGGCGAGUAAGAACUUGCAGUCCGCUGAAGAGUGGUACAAGUCCAAGUUCACCGAUCUCAGCGAAAAGGCCAACAAGAGCAACGAGGUCAUUCGCGCCAGCAGGGAAGAGCUCAACGAGUUCAGGAGGCAGCUGCAGUCCAAGACCAUCGAGAUCGAGAGCCUAAAGGGCACCAACGAAUCUCUGGAAAGGCAGAUUCAUGAGAUGGAAGACAGGCACAACGCUGAGGCCAUGGGCUACCAGGAUACAAUUGGGCAGUUGGAUAAUGAGCUGAGGACCACUAAGAGUGAGAUGGCCCGUCACCUUAGGGAGUACCAAGACCUGCUGAAUGUCAAGAUGGCGCUUGACAUAGAGAUUGCUGCUUACAGGAAACUGUUGGAAGGGGAGGAGACACGUAUCAGCACCGGGAUCACCUACCCCACCCCCGCCUCAGUGUCCAGCUACAGCUACCAGUCCCGUAUGUACAGCAGCUCUAGCGUUAGUGGAAAGAAGGAGGUCAAGGAUGAUGAUGACAAACAUCAGCAGAGCAGUAAACCCGGCAAAGGCUCCUCCCAGUCCGAUGACUCCAAGAAGAGUGACAAGAUCGACUCUGGAGACGUGAACCCCACCAACCAGAAAAACUAAACGUCUCAACCCUCUUUCUUUCUUCCACUCCUCCCUCUGCCUUCUCCAUUACCCUCUUUUCCCUUUCCCCAAGCAACUCCCCUCCACAAAGGGGGUCUCAGAGAGGAAUCUAGCGUAUUUUGACUAUUCUCCACUAAUUCACCUCCCACUCAGUCACAGGCAGCAGCCCUUCUGUAGCAAACCACUUACUACUCAAUACACACUCUUUGAUGCAUAUAUUCUCUGUUUCCAGGGCUGCACUGAGUUAUUUAUUGCCACUUUUAACUGCACUAAAACAGGCUUCUCUCAGCACAUUGCGUUAAGAAAAUGUCUGUGUGUUUAGCUGAAGGUAUUAUUGUGCUGCAGUGCAAAGCCAGCACAAAACUUGACUUGCAAUAAUAUUUUCUGUUUUACAAUAUAAGCUGUUAGCAAAGCAGUUAUUGUUGUCUUUGAAUCAUGCCAGCCCUAGUAACAAUGGCAUCUGGGAGUAUCAUUGCAUCAGAAUUGUAUCUCCAGUUAACUUCUCGGCAUGCUCAUAAUGCAUUCUUGCCAAAAAAAUAAAAAAUAAAAAUCCGAAACUAGACAUGCAUAGUUUCGAAAACACUUCACCCAGCCAAAUUCCUCUCCAAGACUGCUCUUGAUUCCAUUUUUAAACAUAUUCUACCCACUUGCCCUUUAAAAGCAACAAGGAUUUGAGCCUAAUAGCAAGUCCUCACUGCAUGAGGUGUUUCUGCUGUUUGCAUGGUGACUGUAUGUGGGUCCAACAGAAGUUUACCUAUACUUUCAUAGCGGUGUGCCUGCCAUUCCUCUCAGUACUUAAGGCUGCAUUAGUUCACCAGCCAAUGGGCAAGACUGAGAGCAAAAUGUUACACAGUACUGCUGAAGCCUUUCACAUGCUGCUAAACGCUUGUGAUUAAUACAAUUUCUAACAAAUACUUUAAA